AUGAUGCUGGAUAUAGAUGAUAUGAUGCUUCGCCUUCUUAAUGUUGGAAUGGCAGGAGGAAGAUUAACAAGUACCAUAAAUGAACAAGAAAUUUCAACCCUUUGUCAGAUGGCUAAAGAAGUUUUUAUUUCUCAAUCAUCAUUAGUUGAAGUUGAACCACCUGUUAUUAUUUGUGGUGAUACUCAUGGACAGUAUUCAGAUCUUUUAAGAAUAUUUGAUAAGAAUGGAUUUCCACCAAAUACUAAUUAUCUUUUUCUUGGUGAUUAUGUUGAUCGUGGUAGACAAAGUAUUGAAACAAUAUGCCUUCUUUUCUGUUACAAAAUUAAAUAUCCAGAAAAUUUCUUUUUAUUAAGAGGAAAUCAUGAGUGUCCAGCUAUCAAUAGAGUUUAUGGAUUCUUUGAAGAAUGUAAUCGUCGUUAUAAAUCUUCAAAACUUUGGAAUGCCUUUCAAGAUACUUUCAAUUUUAUGCCACUUUGUGGUUUAGUUUCUGGAAAGAUUCUUUGUAUGCAUGGAGGAUUGUCACCACAAUUGACAUCACUUGAACAACUUAGAAAUCUUCCACGUCCACAAGAUCCACCAAAUCCAUCAAUGGGAAUUGAUCUUCUUUGGGCUGAUCCUGAUCAAUGGGUUAAAGGAUGGCAAGCAAAUACUCGUGGUGUAUCUUAUGUCUUUGGUCAAGAUGUUGUUUUAGAUAUCUGUCAUCGUCUUAAUAUUGAUUUAGUAGCAAGAGCUCAUCAAGUUGUUCAGGAUGGAUAUGAAUUCUUUGCUAAUCGUAAAAUGGUAACAAUAUUUUCAGCUCCACAUUAUUGUGGUCAAUUUGAUAAUUCAGCUGCUACAAUGACUGUCAAAGAAAAUCUUACAUGUUCUUUCCAAGUUUAUCGUCCAACCUCAAAACAACUUUUAAUAGCAAACAAAAGUAGUGAAAAUGGAAACCUUCCAGCAUAA